AUGGUGUCUAAGGACAUUCAAUAUUUAUAUUUCUUGUUUCGAAAGUUUAUAUGGCAAGGGAAAAAGCCACGAAUCAGUUUACUUAAACUGCAACAGACGGCUAGUAACGGAGGUUUGAACUUCCCUAACGUGGUUUGGUAUUCUCAGGCGGCUCAGAUGAGAUAUCUUGGUGAUUGGUUACAUAACCAGGAUAAUUACGCUAACACGGAUUUGGAAAGGGAGUUCUUGCUGGGCAGAGACUUGGUCAGCUUCCUACAUACGAGUGACCGAGAAGUCUCAGCUCAAGUCAAGGAGAACCCGCUUUUGUGGUAUGUCAGAAAAUUAUGGGUGGGUUUGAGGCGUCAGCAUAACGUGAAUGCGGAUAAGUCCCUUUUCCUUCCGUUUAUAGAUAAUCCGGACUUUCAGAGUGGAAACGCAUAUUUCCCGUAUUCACGCAAAUUCCUAUCUGUCCAGUGCGUUUUGCCUUGCUCCUGCAUUGAAUUCCAGCUUCACCAUCUUGCUGACGAACUUAGUCUGCCGACUACCAUUACCCUGUCUCCAAGUGUCUGCACCCCAGUCCUUCCGUAUGGAUGUAACAGAGGGAAUAUCUCGGAGGGAAAUCUAAUUUCGUCUUCGGAUUGUAAAAUAGAAGAUGUCAUCUCACGAGUUUCUCCUGGAGAAAACCCUACUGCCCUACUUGUACCUACAGUACCUCACUGUGUGGAUGUGUCAUCUGGAUCUGCUAAUCAUGUGGAAUUUUCUUCUGAUAACGCUGAUAUUGGUGCAUCUGUUCCAGGUCUUACAGUACACAAUAUAUUUCCGUGUUCUAUAGAAGCCAAAUGUUUUACAAAGAACACAAAUCUUAUUACCCAUCAGCCAGCUAAGGCAGGUGAGAGGCCAUUUACAUGUUCUGAGUGUGGGAAAUGUUUUACACGGAAAUCAGGUCUGGUUACACAUCAGAGAAGUCACACAGGUGAGAAACCAUUUACCUGCUCUGAAUGUGGGAAAUGCUUUACAGAGAAAUCAGCUCUUAUUAUACAUGAGAGAAUACAUAUAGAUGAGAAGCCAUUUUCAUGUUCUGAGUGUGGGAAAUGUUUUACAGAGAAAUCAGAUUUUGAUAAACAUCAGAGUAGUCACACAGUUGAGAAGCCAUUUCCAUGUUCUGAGUGUGGGAAAUGUUUUACACGCAAAUCAGCUCUUAUUAUACAUGAGAGAAUACAUACAGGUGAGAAGCCAUUUCCAUGUUCUGAGUGUGGGAAAUGUUUUACACGCAAAUCAGCUCUUAUUAUACAUGAGAGAAUACAUACAGGUGAGAAGCCAUUUCCAUGUUCUGAGUGUGGGAAAUGUUUUACACGCAAAUCAGCUCUUAUUAUACAUGAGAGAAUACAUACAGGUGAGAAGCCAUUUCUAUGUUGUGAGUGUGGAAAAUGUUGUACACAUAAAUCUCAUCUUGUUACACAUCUGAGAAGUCACACAGGUGAGAAGCCAUUUCCAUGUGCCGAGUGUGGGAAAUGUUUUACACGCAAAUCAGGUCUUAUUAUACAUGAGAGAAUACAUACAGGUGAGAAACCAUUUCCGUGUGCUGAGUGUGGGAAAUGUUUUACACAUAAAUCACAUCUUGUUACACAUCAGAGAAGUCACACAGGUGAGAGGCCAUUUCCAUGAUCCGAGUGUGGGAAAUGUUUUAUACGGAAAUCACAUCUUCUUACGCAUCAGAGAAGUCACACAGGUGAGAAGCCAUUUCCAUGUGCUGAGUGUGGGAAAUGUUUUACAGUGAAAUCACAUCUUGUUACACAUCAGAGAAUUCACAAGUGAGGGGCAAUUUCCAUGUUCUAUGGGAAAUGUUUUAGCAGUAAAUCAUGUGUUAAACAUCACAAACUUCACACAGAUGAGAAUGUGUAACAUGGCAGGAAUCAAAUCUUGAUAAAACAAUACUUUAUUUCCACAGUUACAAAUUUGCAUGUUUGCAGAUGAAAAGUUGUUUAUCUUAGAAAUAAAUAUAAUUUCUCACA